CAUAUCUCUCUCCUCAUCCCUUAGCUUCAGCCCAUUAGCUUCAGCCCAUUUCUUCAUCACUAGCCAUAACCUUAUACCAUUUUAGUUCCAUUCCAUCUUCUCUUCCUUCCUCUCUUUCUUCAUUUUAUUUCACAAGGAAAUUAAUGGAGGAAACUUUGGUGCCAAAAAGGCCCAGAGAAGAAGCCCUAGUGGAAAAAGAUUUGGACUUUGAAGAGUACUCAAAGAGACACAAGCCAUACAACCACAUACUCUCACUUCUUGAUUCAGAGGAAGAGGAGUCCACAGAAGACCUCUCCACUCUGAUGACAAGCCUUCAAAAGGAAAUAACUUGUGUCUCUAAUAACUCAGAUACCCUUUUGAUGUGCCCAGCUCAAGAAAAUUACCAACACAAUCUCACCAGUUUAGAGGAGAGUUCAACCUCAACUUGUCUUUCUGCUCCUCAUGUCUUGAAGGAAGAUGAGGAGAAUGAUAAGGAGAAGGUCAUGAAACAUCUCCUUCAAGCUUCUGAUGAUGAACUUGGGAUUCCAAACACUGACGGGGCUGGGUUACUGGAUUUUGGGGAAGAUCAUGGAUUUAACAGUGGAGAAGAUGUGUUUUCUUCUUUAUGUGACAAGUUAUGGGAGCUUGAGGAUGAGACAGCUAACUACUAUGCUUUGUUGCAGUCUGAACUCUUCCUGUGGGGGCAUUAAUUAGUAAGUCAAAAAUCUCAGGUCAUUACAUAGAAAGAAGGAGGCAAUUUUUUUUUUAUUUUUUUAUUUUUCUUUUUUUGUAAGACCUCUUUUGUAAAGUUCACGGGAUGCCUCUGGUGUUGUUAUUCUCUACUGUUAGGCAGAGCCCCCUACUGCCUUUGCAGGGCAAUAUGUACUUCCGCACUAGAAAAAUCAAUUAGAUACAUACAUACGUUUUUUUGGUAUGAAA